AUGAGCAUCGAAAAUUACACCAUGUACUGCGGCGAUGCUGAUGAAAACAAAGUUAGUGGCUGCGCGAUAGCUGUGAGGAACGACUACAGCAACCUAAUGGAGGAAUUUGGCUCAAAGUCGCCUAGAUGCGCCUUUGUACGACUACGGAAUUGCAGAGGACGUAAACUCUGGAUCGUAAGUGGCCACGCACCUACGGGAUCCGUUGAGGACAACAGGACGUUCUCUACGAUGAAAUUGAAUGCGUUGAUGUCUAGAAUAACCCGCCAGCAGAUGGUUAUUGUCGGAAUCGACGCAAAUGCGAAGAUUGGACUCGAACAACAAUCCGAUGUGCUAAGAAAAUGGUUCUAUCCCACGGAGCAAAUAUCGGAUAACCGUGACCGUCUGGUCGACUUGUGUGAAGAGACGGACCUCUUCAUCGCUUCCACGUUUAAGAGGAAUCAUCAGCGCCAUCGGCUCACGUGGUAG